UUCCAAUAUUAAUGUAAUUAAGAAAAAGUGAAUUAAAUAUUAUAAACUAUUGUAAAAUAAAUGAUUUUAAUAUGGACUUGAGUAUUAUUCCGGUUAAAAAUAAGUUUAGUGGCGAUUUUAUUAAAAUUAAACUUAUUGGCUCAGGUGGGUGUGGUAAGGUGUACCAGGUUAAAAGUAAAAAGGAUGGCGAGCAGUAUGCUAUUAAGGAGAUUGCACUAAAAGCUGGCAAAAAAUUCAGGGAAGUAGACAUACUAAAAUCCAUAGACAACAUAAACGUGGUCAAAUACUUUGACUCGUGGUGUGAGCAAGGUAUACCUGCCGACAAGAUUUACAUACAAAUGGAGUUGUGUGGUUGGAAUAACGAAUUUUACAACCUACGUAAAGUCAAUAAGUUUAAAAGUGAAACAUUUGUACGCAAACAAGAUGCUGAAUUGUGCCAGGUUGAAUAUUUCAUCACGCUCACUUUGCUCGAGGAGGUACUCGAGGGGGUCAACUACUUACAGAGCCUAACCCCGCCUAUUAUACACCGGGAUCUCAAACCACAAAAUAUCCUGUGCAUCAAGGUACACGGAAUUAAAGGAUUUAAUUGGACGCCGUAUGUUAUCUGGUAUGGCAUCGGAUAGACCAUCAUGCUCGGAUAUAUUGAACGAGAUUAAACAGGCACCAAUUCAAUAUGAUCUGGAUCAGGUCAGGGCUGACAAAGGUGGUGAGACUUUAGUAUCAAAUAAUAAGUUUUUAAAAGCUUAUUAUGAAAGUAAACUGCA